AUGUCGGACGGUCAAACGGGCGAAUCUUCCAACCAGGCUUCCGCCAGUAACUCGGGAACUCGACCUGUGGGAAAUCUAAGAGAUACAUCUACCUCACAGCCAAGCUCAAGGGUUAUUGGUAAUGUUCUGAGCCGCCGGCCUACAGAUGGAGUUGCGGGGAGAGGAGGUCGGGGGAAAAUGAUGUUUAUGCCUAAUCAAGUCGUACGGAGAAAGGUCGAAGAUGGGGUGGUCGAACCUGGGACAACCAGCACUGAAGUAAACCAAGGUACAGGUCGCGGAGAAGGACGAGGGCGCGGUGAAGGCCGAGGACGCGGAGAUGGGGUAGGAAGAGGCCGUGGCCGUGGAGGGCCUCCAGCUCCUGUUGAGAUGCUCUCGCCGACCGACUCGAAUUGCAGCAGGAAUGUCGCAGCUGCUGGUGUGGGAGGAGGACAACCCCAUGGUGCUGGCCUCACCGAUACUGCUGCCCCAACUAUCAAUAGCACAAGGAAAUUGCAAAAAAGGCGUGCUGGACUAGAAGCUGCGGAAAAAGAACAGUAUUCCGACGACGAAGGGGUGGAGAUCGUCGAUAUGGACGACGUCAACGAGCUAGAUUGGAUGGCUCCUGACAGUCUAGUCCGUGUAAAGGAGGAGGACGAAGAAAAGGCAGCAAGGAAGCGAGAUAAACUGAAAGGGAAAAUCAAAGAUGAUUCUGGCAGGGCCCGGCCAAAACUCAAGCAGGAUCCCGAAGACGAUGAUCAUAAUGCAGAGUCCCUGCUAUCAUCCCGUGAUGCUUCUACGGUUCGAUCUGGCGAAGAAGGCACCGACGACAAACUUUUGGCCAACGCACUAGAUCUUAGCGAAAGUGAAGAGGAGGAAGAAAUGGAAGAUCUCGUCGAGGAUUUCCUUGCGAACGCUCAAGGGGAUGAGGCCAGUUCUUUGGCUAUACCACGAACGACCGUAAUGUUGAUGAUCCCACCAAAAGAACCAGAAGAUGUUGAUAUGGGGGACCCAGAUUCCAUGUCCACAGGAAAAGGAAAGCAAAAAGUCACGUUCGCUGAAGAUAACCUUAGUGGAGAUGAAGAUACUAAUGCACAAGCCAAGAAGGCGAAAGUUGAGGAGGUUACUUCGAAGCCUUCAGGAGGUAAAAUAGGCCAAUUAGAGAUAUACCGCAGUGGGUUGGUUAGAAUGAAACUUGGCAAUGGGAUAGCUAUGGAGGUGACCGCUGCCACUCAACCUUCAUUCUUACAACAUGCCAUUUACCAUGACCAAGACAAAAAGCGGCUCGUUGUUCUCGGCGAAGUAAAUCGGAGGUAUAUCGUCUCUCCCGAUAUAGAUCUCUUGCUCGAGGAUAUGGCGAUCACUGAAGAAAAGGAGAGACAACGGAAAUUAGAAGAAGCAAAGAGGAAGGAGGAUGAAUUAAUUCGGAUGGAUGAUUAA